UGUUUUGUAAACAGAGAGAGAGAGAAAAAAAAGAAAUAAAUAAAUUGGGAGUAAAAAAUGGAAAGUCACUGUUUGAUGAAGGGGUUAAACUCCAUUUAAUCUGGUGUAGGCGACGGAUUAUCGGACAUGCAACCGGAAUAUGAUAUCAUCUGGACUCUUUCAGCCGGAUUUCAGAUGCCGGAUUAUCGUACAUUCUGGAUUACUGGACAUGAAACAGGAAUAUGAUAUCAUCUGCUUCUUCCAGCCGGAUUAUCAGAUGCCGGAUUAUCAAACAUGAAUAUGAUAUCCUGUGCUUCUUCCAGCCGGAUUAUCAAACAUUCUGGAUUACUGGACAUGAAACAGGGAUAUGAUAUCAUCUGCUUCUUCCAGACGGAUUAUCAAAUGCAAGAUUAUCGGACACAAAACAGGAAUAUGAUAUCCUCUGCUUCUUCCAGCUGGAUUAUCGAACAUUCUGGAUUACUGGACAUGAAACAAGAAUAUGAUAUCAUCUGCUUCUUCUAGCCGGAUUAUCAGAUGCCGGUUUAUCAAACAUGAAUAUGAUCUCCUGUGCUUCUUCCAGCCGGAUUAUCAAACAUUCUGGAUUAUUGGAUUUGAAACGGAAUAUGAUAUCUGCUUCUUCCAGCCGGAUUAUCAGAUGCCGGAUUAUCAAACAUGAAGAUGAUAUCUGCUUCUUCCAGCCAGAUUCUCAAACAUUCUGGAUUAUUGGACUAUAUCUGCUUCUUCCAGCCGGAAUAUCAGAUGCCGGACUACAGGGCCCCUUGUGGACAGACAUGGCAGCGGCUGGGUCCUACAUUCCCGGGGGGCUGGGCUCUCACCCGGGCAGGGUAAACUUUAGGGCAGCCCGUCUCCCGGGCGGCAUGGGUGUGUGAGUGUGUGCAGGAAGAGGAGGGCCUGUGCUCGGGGAGGAGGCCGGCUCUGUCACCGAGCACCGCACGUAUGGACGCCCGGGAGGCAGCGACUACCCCGGCAGAGGGCAACUAGCGGCCGGCCGCGGGAGCCGUGUGCACACGGAGCGACAGCCGCAAAGCGCAGCGCAAAGAACAGGGAGAGGAAAAGAAAAAAAAAAAAGGCGGCCGGGCGGGGGAGAUCCAGCCCCUGGAGGAAGAGGAGGGGGCAGAAGAGGCGCCUCUAUCUCAGGGAGAGGACACGGCAGAAGAAGCUGCAAGGAGUUUGCGAUUCUUUUUUCGCGCAAUAUCUGAACACAUUCCCAGCUUGCAGGGAUCCGCCGCCGGGGGAGCCGGAGCCCGGGAGAGGGGGCAAAGUUUCCUGGAGCAAGGAGCCCACCUUCCCCCUGUGAUGAUGCACCCCUGACUGGGGGCAGUGCCCCAUGCCUGCACCUCUAGAGGGUGGAGGGCCUUAGCUAAAGGGAGGCCACUGUAUAAAGGAGCACUCUGCCCCCCUCCAUGUAGUGUGCCCCUGUGGUCGGAUACCAGUUCUCCAAGAAGAGAGCAAAGUAUCAGAGUGCAGAUCUUCUGUUCAGCCUCUAGGGGGCAGCCCCCAUGUUGCCUUCUCCUACUGGAGGGUGAAGGGGGCUUCUGAUAAACCGGGUGGCACCCUCCUUAUUACGGAUAAAAACCUAUAGGAUUCAGCCGACCCUCAGGCGAAGAUGUCGUCUCCCCCGGAGAAGGGGAUGGCCGUCCGGCAGGAGAAGCUGGACACCGUGCUGAGGAAUCCGCGCUCGCCCAUCAAUAUAGAAAGUCUGCUGGAUGGACUCAACUCACUGGUUCUUGACCUCGACUUCCCUGCACUACGAAAGAACAAGAACAUUGACAACUUCCUAAAUAGAUAUGAAAAAGUUGUCAGCGAUGUGCGACAACUACAGAUGAAAGCAGAAGAUUAUGACAUAGUAAAAGUCAUUGGACGAGGGGCCUUUGGUGAAGUCCAACUGGUUCGCCACAAAAGUACGCAAAAGGUUUAUGCAAUGAAACUGUUAAGUAAAUUUGAAAUGAUAAAAAGAUCAGACUCUGCCUUUUUUUGGGAAGAAAGGGAUAUCAUGGCCUUUGCAAACAGCCCGUGGGUAGUUCAGCUGUCUUGUGCCUUCCAAGAUGAGAAGUUCCUCUACAUGGUGAUGGAGUACAUGCCUGGCGGAGACCUUGUAAACCUUAUGAGCAACUACGAUAUGCCUGAGAAGUGGGCAAAAUUCUACACUGCCGAAGUGGUCCUGGCCCUCGACGCCAUUCACUCCAUGGGCUUGAUCCAUCGAGACGUCAAACCAGACAAUAUGCUGCUGGACAAGAAUGGCCACCUGAAGCUGGCGGACUUUGGCACAUGCAUGAAGAUGGAUGAAGUUUUAGGUUUUGGGGGCCCCGCCCUCCGCCAGUCUGGGGGAGCCGCCCUCCGCCAGUCUGGGGGAGCCGCCCUCCGCCAGUCUGGGGGAGCCGCCCUCCGCCAGUCUGGGGGAGCCGCCCUCCGCCAGUCUGGGGGAGCCGCCCUCCGCCAGUCUGGGGGAGCCGCCCUCCGCCAGUCUGGGGGAGCCGCCCUCCGCCAGUCUGGGGGAGCCGCCCUCCGCCAGUCUGGGGGAGCCGCCCUCCGCCAGUCUGGGGGCGCCGCCAUAAUUGAUGGACUCAACUCACUGGUUCUUGACCUCGACUUCCCUGCACUACGAAAGAACAAGAACAUUGACAACUUCCUAAAUAGAUGUAGAAGUUCUGUUGUAGACCAUCUUGUUGUAUGA